UCCGUCACACUAACUAACACCUUGUAUUUUGUAGCAGAGCCGGUGAGCAGGACGUCCUCCUGUUUCUCUCCUUUUAAUGUGUGCGUCAGAAACCUGUGAUGUCAGACUGUGAUUCGUCCUGUCAGAAGAGCAGCAGGAAUGACCUCCUGUGUGACACCUGUGAGGGGUCAGAGGACGAAGGCAGGAGGAUGAAGAGGAGGGAGAAGAACAGAGUUGCAGCUCAGAAGAGCCGCAAGAGACAAACACAGAGAGCCGACCUGCUGCACGAGGCCUGUGAGCUGUUGGAGCAGAGGAACAGAAAACUGAGGAGAGAGGUGGAUUCUCUGUCCAAGGAGCAUCACCUGCUGACUGAAGCCCUCAGAGCCCAUGAGCCCCUCUGUCCCAUCAUGCACUGCCUCUUCGCCUCCUCCUCCUCCUCCUCGUCCGGCCUGCAGCCCGACAACAUGGCAGCUUGUUCUGUCUGAGGCGAGGAGUGUAACGCAGCAUCAGACCUCUGGGGGGCGACGUUCACCAUGAUCAGGGAUGGAGCAGCUGCCACCAGGUGUGUGGCGCUGCUGAACUCUGCUGGCAGCUUCUAUAACCACAGUGGAGAGAGAGCAGAGCGCCCUCUGGUGGUUAAACAUGUUCAUAAUGUAGAUACAGUAAAACUAUGUUCAGACGGAUCUGAUUCAAGUGAAGAACUAUAGUCCAAACUGCUGAAUGUCAUUCAUCCAUUAACCCGUUUAUUGUUGUUUUCUGCUGUUUGAGUGGAUGCAAGUUUCCAAAGCAAUCAAUAAAUAAAAGUCAGUUUGUAUCAUGUUGAUCUGAAGAAAAUCUAAACCUGCUCACUUCGACCCAAUUAAAAUAACAAUAUCUCUUUAUUUGUAGUAUUAUUAAUAACAAUUAAUUAUUAAUAUUCUAACAAACAAAGAAAUAAAACAAAUGCAUAACUUCGUACGUUUCAUAAAUCCACUGGAACAUCUGGACAUUGUCAGUCUUCUGACCUGUUUGUACAGUGAUCUAUUGAAACAUGUAGAUUAUUAUUCAUUAAUGUUCACAUCGAUUUCUGAAAGAAGAGCAGCCAUGUUCUGAUACUGAGGUGAUAAUAAUGUUAAAGUCAACUUCAACCCAUGUCACAGGUUUGAACCCGAUGACACAAUAAUGAGUUAGUUUGAUCCAGUGACGCAACAGUCAUAAGAAUAACAUGAAUAACUGCAGACUCUGUUUAUUAGAGAGUGAGUAAGUUAUUGAAAAAGACACAGGAGUGGUGGAAUAAGAAAUGAUGCAAUAGUUACAAAGUGUUUGAUUCUCUCAAAUGAAAUGUUUAAUUUGAUUUUGUUUUGUUUGAUUUGGAUUCAUUUGAAAGUAACUGAGUAAAGCUGACUCAGCGCCGUGUCAGUGCUGGAGUACAUUGACCUGUGUUAGGAUUCAGCAUCAACCUUCAUUCAUUCAUUCAACAGCUGUUUCCAGAGGUGGAAACAACCGCCACUGUAUCACUCUUUUCUUCUUCUAAAGUCAGCAUGCGUCUUUAUAAAGGAUCCACAUAUUCUGAGGAAGCACAAUAUAAUAAUGUUAAAUAAUAUGUUUAUGCUUUAUAAAUCAGAGAUGAGAUAAACAAGUCUACGCACACUGGCAGCUGAUAUAGGGGUAUACUAUAUCCCAUCAUCCUUUAUUAACCCUUUAAAUCAACUUAAAACAUUUUCCCACUCUGGAUUUAUUUGAACCAACACUUCACUGAAACUCGUGGAUGUUUCCACCUGAAGAAAUAUUCAAACCAAAGACGACAUCUUGUUGUUUUGUGUUUUCUGAAUGCACCGUUUCACAUGAUGUAAAUAUUGUAGAUGUUUCUAUACACAUUUCCAUAAAAUACAGUUUUACAAA